AACGCAGCAUCAACUGAACCUACGCCUACAAGUUUGUGCUUUAAUUUACCGUAACUGCACAUACUUUGCCCAUAUUAACAUACGCAGGGUAUAUACACGACUCCAGUAAGAAAAUAUAAUAAUGAACAAGAUCCUAGUAGUAAGUGUGGGUGUUGUUCCAGUUUGCCGCAAGUAGAGAGCAGCACUGAGGCGCCCUUCCCUGUUUCCUUCUUCUACAUACAGUCUAUGGUUUAGAGGCUGUCCAGAAGACGUCUGCUGCAAGUGUCUCUAACAAGGUUUUUAAUGUCUCUUUUCCGCAAUACUGUGUGGUUUCUCAAUGGCAUUCAACAUUACACAAGAGAGGCUUAUGAGGCUGCAUCAAGACAUUUUGAUCCCCAUGAUAUGGAUGUGGCAGUUGUGGGAAGAUCCUUUAUGAUCACAGGAGCCAACAGUGGUAUUGGAAGAGUGACUGCCAUGGCAAUAGCAAAGAAAGGUGGGACUGUACACAUGGUAUGCAGGAACCCAGACAAAGCUGAGGAGGCCAGAGCUGAUAUCAUCAGGGAGUCUGGAAACUCAGAAGUGCAUGUCCACAUUGUAGAUUUGUCAGAGACACGAAAACUGUGGGAGUUUGCAGAAGCGUUUAGAAAGCAAUAUGCCACCCUAAAUGUCUUAAUAAACAAUGCAGGAUGCAUGUUGUACAAGAGAGAGCUAAAUGCUGAUGGACUGGAGAAGAGUUUCGCCACAAACACGAUGGCGGUAUAUGUGCUCACUCGGACCCUCAUACCCCUUCUGCAGAAGAGCAGGGAUCCAAGGGUGAUCACAGUGUCCUCAGGCGGUAUGCUUGUUCAGAAACUCAAAACUGAUGACUUGCAGUCAGAGAACCGUCACUUUGAUGGAAUUAUGGUCUAUGCGCAAAAUAAGAGACAGCAGGUGGUGCUAACAAGGCAGUGGGCCAAAGCUAACCCUGCCAUACACUUCUCUGUGAUGCAUCCAGGCUGGGUGGAUUCUCCAGCUGUGUCUACUUCAAUGCCGGAGUUUCACAAGAUGAUGGCGGGGAGGCUGCGCACUGUGGAGCAGGGGGCGGAUACUGUAGUUUGGCUGGCUUUGUGCCGAGCUGCUUCAAGAACUCGUAGUGGGCAGUUCCUUCAAGAUCGUAAACCCGUUCCUGUACACUUGCCUCUGGCUUGGACUCACAGCUCUUCAGAGGAUAUUCAGAGUUUCAUGUCACAAAUGGAAGCUCUGGCCAAUGCCAUACAAUCAAAAAGGCCAGAUGUACUCCCCAACAGCUCUCCUGAUUUUACCAGUCCUUUACUGGUUUGAACUGAUAAGCCUUGGUGUAAUUUUGAUAUUUAAUUUCAAAUACCUGCCAUUAACUUAAUAGGCGUCAUAAUAAUAAUAAUAAUAAUAAUAAUAAUGAUAUAGAAUGCUGUAUGUUUUAGACCUGAUUAAAUAUAUACUUAAGAAAAGCUUCUGACAUUACCAUUUUGUGCAUUGAUCUGAACUGACUUAAGUUUUUGACAUUCUGUUCCAUUCAAAAAACUGAGUUACUGGCCGAUGUGUCCAAUGUCCAUAGAGAAGCAUUAGCAAAAAACUUGAUUAGCUGCUGGGUCACUACUGGUAAAACAUAUCAGACUAAUACAGAAUACUUUUGAUUGAACGCUAAGUUCACCACUUUUCAUCUUGCAAUCUUGUUUGAACUGAAAUUUCUCUUCAGAUCAUUCAUCUCAUCUUGCUGCCCAGGAGUCUAACCUAAGACAGCUGGACUGCUGUGCCACUGUGUUGUCCAGAUUUUACCAAAAGUAUCAUCAAUACCAAGUAUAGAGGAAAGACCAUUAUGCAAAAAGCAUUAAGUUACAAUUCACAUUUGUGUGUUUUGUGACAAUUAACAUUUGCUGUU